AUGUGGGCGAUGGAGAGCCACCAGCAGAACAUCAAAGAUCGAACAUUCGAAAGUCAGAAGAUUCAAUAUAGACUGGCGAGAUCGUUUACCUCAACUCAAAUGCUGAUGCUGGAAAUGUGCUCUCAACGUCGAGAAAUAAACUCGUGUCGUUGUGACUAUGAACUGCGGGCAUGUAGAAGCCCUCCAGGCGCGAAUUGUUGGUGCGCGGUUAGUGUGAUGGCGUGCCAAGCCCCCAGUGGUGUCGCCGGAGAACAUUGCGCAGCCCCCCAACAACCCCAUCGAACAUCCACAGCUGCACUAUCCGCCAACUCUGGCCUUUUCCACCUUGAGUGUCCACUGACAUUCAUCACCCAGCUGCUGCUCGCUCUACUCGCCUGCAACUUGCCUGCACUUGCUUGCACCCAUUGUCUAAAGCUGAUUCGGUCGUGCAUCGCGCAUUUUUGGACUGGAGCCACCGUAUCACAACAACACGACAACACGGGCAGCACCGUUCGGCACAGUACAGAUUAUCACUAUUGUCGUCGCCGAUGCGGAGUGAGCGUCUGCGCGACUGAUGCCAUUAAGCGUUUGGUACAUUUCCUCACCGGUGGUGUAAUGUCGCAAGAGCCCUCACCACAUCAAGCCUCCAUGUCUAGCCGCACGAAGCGCAAGUUCGACAUUGAUCCCAACGCUUCGGACCCUGACGACUUCGACUACGACGACUCAGAGAGACGCGCAGCGCCCCAACGACGUCGCCAGCAGCGCACGCCUAGUGCGAAGAAGAAGCCGUCCAAGCGCCAGCGCCGUGCAUACGGCGGCUCCGAUAUCGACGAGGACGACGAGAUAGAGUCUGACGAUUCCUUCACCGAGCGCUCCGAGUCCGAAGAGCCCGAGAUCAACCCGGCGACAGGUAGGAGUGUGCGCCGCGCUACCAAAAAGCACAUCACGUACGAAGAGAGUGAAGAAGACGAGAUCGAGGAUACGCCAUCAGAAGACGAGGAGCCUAAGAAGGACUCGCGACCUCGCGCAAAGCCGUCUAUUGAACAGGUUGAGAAGCCGUCGUUGAUUGUCAAACUCAAGAUGCCGUCUCGCAAUGUGCGCACGCGCACUGGUAAGCUUUCCGACUCUGGCAAGCAUGUCAAGAUCGUUCGAGAAGGCACCCGCAGCCCCGAGCCUGUCAUUGCCCGUGCUACUAGAGGUGGCAAGGGUCCCAGAGUGGAGUAUCCCAGUGCCAUCUUAGAAGCCUCACAAGAGACAUCCAUGAUCAAUGAUGAUCUGGAGAGCCCCGGGCCACUUGAUGAGCUCCUUGGAGGCGUAGAGACUCAAGUCCAAGCCAGCAAAGAUACCUCGCCCAUACAAGCCACCCAGGCGGAUGAUGACCAAGAAAAAGACGAGGAAAUGGAAGGUGUCAUUCAAGAGUCUCAGAAUGAAGGUGCUGCUGAGGACUCGGAGGAAGAAGACGGACCGGUUACACGUGGCACAAGAAAUCUUAGGUCUCGUGCCGUAUCAGCUAAACGGAAGCGUGACGCUGAUGAGAGUAGUGACUUUGAACCUGCUGCAGAGGAAGAGGAGAAAGAAGAAGACAUGUCGGAAUCAGACCACGCCAAGGGCAAGCGUUCUGCAUCGGAAAGCGCGUCAGGUUCGGGUAGACGCUCAGGACGUCUGCGAGGCAAGACCCGACAGUCACAGCAUAGUCGGCGCAACUCAUCAUCCGAUGAAUCUGGCUUGGAUCCAGAGGAGAUCCAAGAUGAGCUGCAGGAACUUGGUUCUAGUAAGCGACGACGUCUAAGCAGGCGUGUACCUGACAAGGAUUUGGUAUAUGACUCGGCCCCUACACGUCGUGCUCGAGCACGAGCUAAUCCCGACUACCGUGUGGUUCGACCGGAACUGAACGAGGUGUUUGAGAAUGACGACGAUGCACCAGCCCCAGAGAAGUCUCGAGCAAGGGCGGGCCGCUCAGCAUAUCGUAGUCUAUGGGCUAACCAAGGACCGUUUGGAGGAGGUGUUGAAGCAGGCAUUGGUGCUGCUGCCGGUGCAGACUCUGACAGUAGUGACGAUGAAACUCAGAAGAUGCCCAAGCCACUCGGUGGUAUGGUUGGCAUGACACCAACCGCGGCGACAGCCUCUGGUGGUGGAUUCGGCCUCCCGCAAACCCACAACGCGGAUCCUCAGCAGGCUUCAGGCGGUGGGCCUGCCAAUCUCGGAAAGGUCAAAGAUAAGAAGGCGCUUGCAGAUGCAGAUCCUUUGGGAGUUGAUCCCAACGUCAAUUUCGAUGGUGUUGGCGGUCUUGCUGAUCAUAUUAACAAGCUCAAAGAAAUGGUCAUGCUUCCUCUACUCUACCCCGAGGUCUUUCAACGCUUCAAGAUCACUCCACCACGGGGUGUUUUGUUCCAUGGACCUCCCGGUACUGGUAAAACACUUCUCGCACGAGCCCUGGCCUCUAGCGUCAGCAAUCACGGCCAGAAGGUCACCUUCUAUAUGCGCAAAGGUGCCGAUGCGCUUAGCAAGUGGGUAGGAGAAGCUGAACGACAGCUUCGGUUACUAUUCGAAGAGGCGCGCAAAACACAACCCAGCAUCAUCUUCUUUGAUGAAAUCGACGGACUGGCACCCGUCCGAUCUAGCAAACAGGAACAGAUUCACGCGUCGAUUGUUGCCACUCUUCUCGCGCUCAUGGACGGUAUGGACGGCCGCGGCCAAGUCAUUGUAAUCGGAGCUACUAAUCGGCCUGAUUCGGUUGAUCCUGCGUUGAGACGUCCUGGUCGUUUUGAUCGCGAAUUCUACUUCCCUUUACCCAAUGUAGCUGGACGUCGUGAGAUCAUCGACAUCCAUACCAAAAACUGGGAUCCGCCUCUAAAGCCAGAGAUGAAGGAUCAGCUCGCGGAGCUUACCAAGGGCUACGGAGGUGCUGACAUCAGAGCACUAUGCACCGAAGCAGCUCUGAAUGCCGUGCAGGGAACUUACCCCCAGAUCUACACAUCGGAGAAGAAGCUACUCAUUGAUCCGAGCACUAUCAAAAUCCUCGCCAAAGAUUUCAUGAUUUCCGUCAACAAGAUGGUUCCAUCUUCUCAACGGACAGUCACUUCCGGCGCUGUACCAUUGGCCAAAAAUAUCGAGCCACUGCUACGGAAGCCGCUUGAACAGAUCUUGAAGCGUAUAGAUGAGCUCAUCCCAAGGCGAAAGAAGCUCACAGCACUCGAGGAAGCUGAAUAUGACGACCGCGAUGACGAGCUGGGCUUUGAGAAAGAUGCUACUAUGCGCAACUUUGAGAGCAGUAGGAUAUUCCGCCCUCGUCUUCUCAUUACUGGGUUACAAGGAAUGGGUCAGCAAUACUUGGGAGCUGCACUUCUGAACAAGAUUGAAGGUCUACACGUGCAAUCUUUCGAUCUUCCUACCAUCCUAGAAGAUUCAACACGGACACCGGAGGGAGCCAUCACCCAGCUCUUUACAGAAGUACGAAGACACAAGCCAGCUAUCAUUUACAUUCCCGCGGUCGACGUCUGGUAUCAGACCUUACCUGGGCCAGCCAUCAAGACUUUCAAGCUUCUCCUACGUAGUGUCGGCGCCAACGAGCCUAUUAUGGUCCUAGGAGUCAUGGAACUCGCUGAUGAGAAGGAGAAGCCUGACCCACAGAUGAUGAUGGAUCUCUUCUCCUUCUCUCAGAACAAUCAAUUCGUGCUUGAGCGACCAGACCAAGAAGGGCGUUACGAGUUCUUCAAGAACAUCAUUCACUACAUCCGCAUGUCACCAGCCGACUUCCCUGACCCGGACAAUCGAAAGAAGCGCGUACUGCCUGUACUGGAAGCUGCCCCUAUUGUCGAACCAGUCAUUGAUCCCAAGGAGCUCGCAGCGCGUGAAAAGCAACAAAAGAAAGAGGACCGUCUGACGCUUAUGAAGUUGAAGAUGGUCAUCCAGCCCGUAAUGGAUCAUUUGAAGCGACAGUACCGAAGGUUCUUCAAGCCAAUCCUGGACGAGCAGUGGUACGCCUACCUACUUGAGGAACAGGACCCAAACCAUUUCAGGACCGAUCUUUCACCAGACCGGCAACAAGCUGAAGGUAUUGAACGGCCCUGGGAGUACUCAAAGGACGCCAAGGGUGUCAAUGUGCUUCUCCAUGUCGAGAGUGGUAACAAAUAUUACAAUCUGGACCUUGGCAACAUCGAGAAGCGUCUGUCUAAUGGCUAUUACAAACGCCCGAAAGAUUUCUUGUUCGAUAUCAAGACGUUGGCAAAGGAUGCAAAGACUUUUGGGGACCCCGAGCGUACACUCAAGGGCAACGAAAUGGCAACGAAUGUCGAAGUAGACAUGGAGGUCAUCAAGCAGAACCAUCCCGGUCUGACAGAAGAGUGUGAAGCACUUUACAUGCGCGAACUGGCUCGUGAACAGAAGGCUCUCGAGAAGCGUAAUAAAGCGUUCGCUGGAUCAAAGGAGGCAGAAGCAGAAGUCGCCCAGGUACCUCCAGAGCAGUCUCUCACCACCACCGAAACAUCGGGGCCUAUCGUCCUUGGCGAGCCUGUGCCAGGACAUCUGGCCAUGCCUCCAGUAACGCCAUUGCGGCCUCCACCGUCGAAUCACCUAUCGAAUGGAACGCAUGGUGAUGAAAGUGCACAGCACGUCCAGCCUAACGGAUCUACUGUACCUUCAAACGACGACACUACCAUGACGGACAGUCAGGAUUUGAACGUCAACACACAUCGCGACUUCCAGUUCCAGACGCCAAGCAGGAUCGACACACAAACACAGAAGUCACAGAAGUCAGGGCUUACCUUCAUGGGGCCCAAUUCUCAUCCGAAUGACUUCCACAAUAGCGCCUCCACCACCACGUCUGGUCAGAAAACAUCCAACCGCUCCUCUGAUAAUAAAUUCGGUACGCAAAGCAAUAACGGCGCUCCAGGUGGCUUCUUGAACUUUUCUGCUAUGAAGCCCGAGAUAGGAGGGUCACAACAACUACCUGACACACAAGGUAAGCCACCGCAUUUCCUUGACCUUCAACCUCUCCCAUUCUCUACUCUUUCCACCUCUCGAGACCACCAUACUGAUCGAAUUCCCCAAACAGAAGUCCACUACGUCAGCAGCCAAUCAGAUCCCUCUCAAUCCUCCCAACCACGGCAACAAAACAGCAUGCCUGCGCCCGCUCCACCACACUCGCACCCCCACACCACAAAUCUAACCGACAUCCUCAACGACGAGGAACCCAAACCUCAACUCAUCCUUGCAGACGAACUCGUCCGGGAUUUCCACAGCAACCUCGUCUCUAGCACUAGCGGCUGCAGCCUAGAACAACUCGAGCAAAUCAACGCAGCGCUCAUGGACGCGCUGUGGAAACACCGUGCCGACUACAAUCGCAAUGUUGUCUUGCAGCGCGUGCAGGAUGCUUUCAAUGUCAUUAUCGAGGAUAUCCAGAACAUGCAGAAGAUUCUCAAGAGUAGCCAGGAGAGCCAGUUGGCACGCAGUCAGUACCAGGAUGGCGGGUAUGAGGCUAGGUUGUUGGGCCCGCAGGGUACGCAGGAAGGCUGGUUUGAGCAGCCGACCCAGGCGCAGUUUCGUUAG